CCGUCAUCGGUAAAUUUCAUCAAACAAUUUUCAAAGCAUCAACAGAAACCGCCAGUGGAGACAGCCGGACCCGACAAAAACAUUCCCUCAACGCCCUGCUGGUUCUGUGGAGGAAUGCAUUUCGUUCGAGACUGCACUCAUAGGAGCCACAAAUGCAAAGAUUGUGGUAUUGUCGGACACCGUGAGGGUUAUUGUUCCACUGCCAAACGAACAUCCAAAGCCAGUCGAAACAAAAAGCACCCGGGAUCGUAUGCUACAAAAAGCGUAAGUCUUGUGAUUAAUACCGUCGAUAAAAGGCGCCGUUUUGUUACUGUGAUGUUGAACGGUGUAAAUGUGCGUCUGCAGUUGGACACGGGGUCUGACAUAAGCAUAAUUUCGAAACGGUUGUGGGAGAAAAUAGGUAAACCACCCACAGUGCCGGCAAACGAACAAGCCGCAACAGCGUCAGGCGACCGCUUGCAGUUUUUGUUUAAGUUCAGUUGUGACAUUUCUUUCAAUGGCAAACAACAUACCGGUCAGUUUUACGUUGUUGAAAAACCACUUUACCUUCUUGGCAUCGAUUUGAUGGAUGCAUUCGAUCUCUGGUCACUGCCCAUUAGCACGUACUGCAACAACGUCACUGUUCCUUCUGUCACUAUGCAGUCACUCAAAUCAGCAUACCCGAGGGUGUUUAGGAGCGAGCUGGGGUUGUGUACGAAAACAAAAGUGAAAUUGGAACUAAUACCAGGUGCAACUCCAGUUUUUCGUGCAAAGCGUCCAGUGGCUUAUGCGGUACAUAGCAGUGUGGAUAACGAACUCGACCGACUGGAACGAGCAAAAAUCAUCACACCGGUAGACUUUUCGGAUUGGGCAGCUCCCAUCGUCGUCGUCCGAAAAACGAACGGAUCUAUUCGUAUCUGCGGUGACUAUUCCACCGGUCUCAACAAUGCCCUGCAACCGCAUCAAUAUCCGUUGCCGCUACCGGAAGAAAUUUUCAACAAAUUGGCUAAUUGCACAGUGUUUAGCCGAAUUGAUCUGUCGGAUGCAUUUCUGCAGGUAGAAGUGGACGAAAGCAGCCGUGAAUUGUUAACCAUUAACACCCAUCGGGGACUUUACCGGUACAACCGUCUGACACCGGGAGUCAAAGCAGCACCGGGAGCAUUCCAGCAACUUAUCGAUACUAUGCUGGCAGGCCUCCCUCAUACGUGUGGUUAUUUAGAUGACGUCGUCGUUGGUGGUGUAAAUCCUGAAAAUCACUGGGCGAACCUUCAUGCAGUGUUUCAAAGGAUCAGCGAUUUUGGUUUUACCAUUCGUGUAGAAAAGUGCAUAUUCGCUCAGCCGCAAAUUAAAUAUGUAGGUCAUCUGCUUGACCGCAGCGGUCUUCGCCCGGAUCCAUCAAAGGUUCAAGCCAUCAACGAAAUGCCACCGCCCACUGACGUUUCCGGCGUUCGUUCUUUCCUAGGAGCAAUAAAUUACUACGGCAAGUUUGUUCCUAGUAUGCGCACCCUUCGGUAUCCUCUUGAUGAGCUGCUCAAGGCGGAUGCAAAAUUUGAGUGGACGGAAAAAUGCCAGGCGGCAUUUAACAAAUUUAAAGAGGUGUUGAAAUCCGAUCUACUGUUGACUCACUACAACCCUGCGCUUGAUAUAGUUGUGUCGGCAGAUGCGUCGUCUGUUGGUGUCGGUGUAACAUUAUCACACAAGUUUCCGGACGGUACUCUCAAGGUGGUACAGCAUGCCUCCAGAGCACUCACAGCAGCAGAGAAAAACUAUAGUCAGCCCGAUCGUGAAGGACUUGCAAUAAUUUUCGCAGUGACUAAAUUUCACAAAAUGUUGUUUGGUCGUCGCUUUCAUCUUCAGACUGAUCACGAACCGCUGCUGAGGAUUUUCGGUUCGAAGAAAGGAAUUCCUGUUUACACAUCGAACCGGUUACAACGUUGGGCUCUUACGCUAUUGCUUUAUGAGUUCACCAUCGAGUACGUCCCGACAGCGAAAUUCGGCAAUGCUGACAUACUUUCCCGUCUGAUCAACCAGCACGUCAGACCUGAGGAAGAUUACGUGAUUGCUUCGGUCUCUUUGGAGAAUGACUUAAGGUCAGUUACACAAGAUACACUAACCGUUCUCCCUCUGAGUUUUAGAAUCGUACAACAGUCUACACAGUCCGAUCCUAUCACCAAAGCAGUUUAUCGAUACCUGAUUGACGGUUGGCCUGAGACCGUUACUGAUGCAGAGCUCAAGCGGUUUUAUGCACGACGUGAGUCACUUACCACGGUACAAGGCUGCAUACUAUUUGGCGAUCGACUUGUUAUUCCUUCGCCCCAUCGCAAGCGCAGUCUUCAGCAGCUUCAUCGUGGCCACCCUGGAAUCCAGCGAAUGAAGGCGAUUGCCAGGUCUUAUGUUUAUUGGCCAACUCUCGAUAACGACAUUGUUGAUUAUGUUAAAUCCUGCCAUCAAUGUGCGAUAGCUGCAAAAACACCACCGAAGUCAGCGCCUUUGUCUUGGCCUAAAUCAACAAAACCGUGGCAGCGUGUACAUCUUGACUAUGCUGGACCGAUCGACGGGGAAUACUACUUGGUCGUCGUGGAUUCUUUUUCGAAGUGACCUGAGGUUGCGCAGACUCGCAGCAUCACUACAGCCGCUACAAUCAAAAUCAUCAGAGAACUGUUCGCACGCUUGGGAAUGCCAGAGACACUAGUGAGCGACAACGGCUCACAGUUCACCAGUGCAGAAUUUCAAUCCUACUGUACGGAUAACGGUAUCGAGCAUCUCACAACUGCGCCGUUUCACCCACAAUCGAACGGUCAAGCUGAGCGGUUUGUGGAUACAUUCAAACGGUCAAUAAAGAAGAUUAAGGAGGGGAGAGCGACAAUGCGUGAAGCACUCAGUACAUUUUUGCUGACUUACCGGAGCACACCUUGUUUUUCUUCUCCGGAUGGAAAAUCGCCAGCAGAAGUCAUGUUCGGUCGUCCGAUCCGUACCAGUUUGGAUCUACUCCGUCCUCCACCAGAUUCUGUGCAGUUUGAACAGCCUAGCGAGAGCCGACCCUUGAAGCGUGAGUUCAAAGCUAAAGAUCCGGUAUACGCAAAAGUCUUCGUUAAAAAUCAAUGGCACUGGGCUCCAGGAACAGUACUGGAACGUAUAGGUCGUGUAAUGUACAACGUUCAGCUCGACAAUAGAAGGCUUGUUCGCUCCCAUGUUAACCAGCUUCGAGAUCGCGCUAUAUCAGAGGAUCUCAACGUAUCGACAUCGACAGAUAGUACGAAACUUCCACUCAACAUUCUACUUGAUGCUUGGAAUCUUCCGGUUCGUCGUACAACGGAUCCAUUAGCACACUCAACACCAGUAGCACCUCUUACAAGCUGCUCUAGUUUGAGACCAUCGUCAACACCAAAUACUCUGGUGAGAAGGCCUACCUUAUCAUCGGAGUCAUCGUCACAGUUAUCAGUAUCGUCUUCUUCAUCUUCAACAUCGCCAAGUUCGACAUCAGAAUUUCAAUCUGCAAAUGAAGCCGAUUCAGCUGUUCAGGUACCUCGCCGCUCUUCGCGUGUCCGAAGAGCUCCGCAAUGGUUCGACCCCUAUCAGCUGUAUUCGGAGGGGAGAUGUUGGAGACGUGGACAUCCCUACAACUCAACAGGAAUUGCUGGGCUCACUGGUGGCAGCCCGCCUGUCACUCAGUUGAUGCACCGAACAGCAUCCAGUCAGUCAUCAGUCAGUCCGUUGAGCACAUGCUCUUUAUUUUAACCUUUCGUUAUUAAAAGUAUUUUAUGUAGUCUGUAC